AUGGACCCAGCCGGCGAUCACGCGGAGCUGCGCUUCCUCGUACUAAGGCCGGAAGACAACGGAAAGCUGCCGAGCAAUGCCUUUCUCAUUGCAAAAACCAUCGAAACAACUGCCGGCACGAUCGUCGGUGGAAACUAUUUUGACCAAAACACAAAAUACCUGAUGAAAGUACGCAGCGGAACCCAGGUAGACAAGCUGCUAAAACUAAACAAGCUCAUCAACGGAACCGAGAUCAUCAUCGAGCACCACGCCACACUCAAUAGCUGCAUGGUAGUCGUCUCUACCAAUGAGCUGGGAGAAGUAACAGAAGAGGAUAUUACAGCAGAACUUAAAACCCAAGGAGUAACAAAAACACACCGCUUUACGCGCAUGGCAAACGGCAUCCGGGUACCAACAAAUUCGUUUUUGUUGACCCUAAACUCGGUUAUCAGACCUGAAUAUAUCAAAAUCGGCCUAAACCGUAUCAGAACACGCCAAUACUAUCCCCGCCCGAUGGUGUGCGGCAAAUGCCUGGCUUUCGGGCACACCCGAAAGUACUGCAAAGCUACGGAUGAGAAGUGUGCCAACUGUGGUGGUGGUGCGCAUGGAACUUGCGAACUGCCCUCCAAAUGUUCCAACUGCAACGGUGGCCACAGCUGCUUCAGCAAGUUGUGCCCAGCAUACGCAAAAGAGCAAGAAAUCAUCAAUGUGAAAAUAGACCAUUGUAUCUCAGCCAAAGAGGCACGCCAAAUCGUCGACGUUGCCCAUCAACAAAAGUCAGCACGUCAAGUGCACGUCAAAAGUUAA